AUGCACAAGCUGUUUGCACCCAGACAGUCCCUUCGGCCAACAGAAGUAGAGCAUUCUAUUCUUGAAGACCUACGGAACCGUGUACAGUUGAGUAGUAUCGCGCUGCCUUCAGUCAGCUUCUAUACGUUUAUUAACACGCAUAAUGGUUUGAACUGUUCAUCAAUAUCUGCAGAUGGAUCCAUGGUUGCUGGUGGAUUUUCUGACUCAUCACUGAAGGACUGGGACAUGGCAAAGCUUGGUCAACAAACUGGCAGUUAUGAAACUUUAUCCCGUUCAUUUUUUCAUGCUUUCAUUGAUUCUUUCUUUGCAGAAACAACCUCUUCACAUGCGGAGGGUGAGGAUUCGGCUUCAGGUGAACAUAAGCUUGGACCACAUGAUGGGAGAAGAUCUUGUACAUUAUUUCAAGGUCAUUCUGGACCUGUUUACUCGGCCACUUUUAGUCCAUUCGGGGAUUUUCUUCUGUCCUCUUCAUCAGAUUCAACAAUUCGAUUGUGGAGCACUAAAUUAAAUGCCAAUCUUGUCUGCUACAAGGGUCAUAAUUACCCUGUAUGGGAUGUUAAGUUUAGUCCAGUAGGACAUUAUUUUGCCAGCUCAUCACAUGACCGAACGGCAAGGAUUUGGUCUAUGGACAGAAUACAGCCUUUAAGAAUAAUGGCAGGGCACUUGUCUGACGUUGAC